UUGGAAUUCCUCAGAAGCUAGUUUCUGUGUUUGUAACAAAGAGUUUAAUUGGAAUUCCCCAGAAGCUAGUUUCUUUUUGUGUGUGUAACAAAGAAGUUCCUAAGGUAGUUUGAUACAUAUAUGAAGUGGGUUCUUUGAAAUCCCUCAGUUUGACUACACUUGCUUCAAAAAUUGAGUUAUGUAGGGAGGGGUAACCAUAAUGAAUUUUAACUUGUGAACAUCAUAGAAUAUUUACAAGAAGUUUACAUUCUUAAUUACUACCAAACUAUAAGUCAAGGAAUAUGUACACCAACCCAUGUAUCCAUCCUUUGUUUGUGUCAUGUGUCCUUAAACUUGAUAUGUUUAAUAUCGUUCACAAAGAAAAUACACUGAUUAAAUGUGUUCCAUAUUACCACAAUUCCUUAUCAAACAAGGUCAGGCAACACGAAUCAAACAUGGCGGGUUAUGUUUUGAUUUGGGCCAUUUUCUCCAGUAUUGAUCUUUUAGUUCAUUGCCAGGUGUACGUAUUCCAAAAUUUGGAUGAACACGAGCAGCGGAUAUCUGUUUUGGAGUCUUCCAUUGCAAAUGCAACUUCAUGUUGUAGCGCUCUUACAAAGGAAAACGAAUUUCUAAAAAUUCAAAACAAACAAUUAUUUUCGAUGGUGCAGAACUUGUCUGCACAGUUUUCAGCACUUCAGCAGAACAUGGUCGCCUUGACAACGGUACCCACGACAACACCUACUCCUUCGAUACCGACAACAAAAUUAAUAACGACGACUGCGACCCCUACCCCGCCAGCGAUAUCGGUGUCACGUGAUUGUGCUGAUUUGGCCGCCAAGGGACAAACACUCAGCGGUGUGUUCGAUGUGAACAUAGGAGGAAAUGCAAAAAAAGUUUACUGCGAUUUUGACCACGACGGGGGGCGCUGGACAGUGAUACAGCGACGCCAGGGCGCACCUGUAGAUUUCAAUCGAAACUGGACGGAGUAUCGCGAUGGAUUUGGGGUCCUUACUACUGACUUCUGGCUCGGAAACGAGGUUAUCCACAGACUCACUGCAGCCGGAAAUAACAUCCUCAACAUCAAAGUGAUGGAUUGGUCAGGGAAUAUCGAAUUCGCAGAAUAUAAGAAUUUUUACUUGAGUGACGAAAGCACAGACUACACCAUGACUGUUGGCAAAUACUCGGGAACUGCAGGGGAUUCGUUUAAUUACCCGUCGUCCAGUCUACUACGUCAUAACAAUCACAGAUUCAGCACACCAGAUCGGGAUCGGGAUAACUCUUUUAUGAAUUGUGCCCAACUUUUGAAGUCGGGAUGGUGGUUUAAUUCCUGCUACAGCUCCAACCUAAAUGGCAUGUUUCUCAAAGGAACUCCACACGGACCGAAAACCAUGGGAGAGGUGUCUGGAGAACCCACACUGGAGGGCACCGGAAUAGAGUGGUAUCCAUGGAAACAUCAACAGUACUCAAUGGCGCAUGUGGAAAUGAAGAUUAGGCCAGUUUGAGAAGUUUUCCAAACAAGUAGAUUGUUUCACAAACAAACGUAUG